UCCAUUCCUGUAAAGAAGCAGGUGCCUCUGUGAUUAAUUCCCAAUGCAGUUUUGAUUCAGAUUUAUAGCUUGAAUUGUUGAAGAUGUCAUCAGGCCUUACAGAGGAACAAAAGAGAAGAAUUGAAGAGAACCGCCAGAAGGCUUUGGCUAGGAGAGCAGAGAGGCUAGCAGCUCAGAGAGGUGGGCAGGUGGGGAUCUCUGGACCGCGGGUGAAAGAACAGAGUCCAGGCAAUCGGGGAAACUUGAAGGAAGAAAACAAUCAUGUCAGGUUCAUUAGCCAGCACCAACAGAAUCCAAACAGUCCUGUGGAGCAGAAGAGCUAUCUUCAGAAAGAUUGUAAUCAUUACACUGCAAACCAACAGAUGGCUGGUUCACAUAGGGAGCAACAAAAGAAUUGUUCAGAGGACUUGGAACAAGCAAGUGGCAUUAAGCAUUUCCCUACAACGAUCCCAAAUUCUCUGAGUUAUUCCCAUAAACAUUACUUGGAUGCUGGUGGUCAGGAACAUGGACAACAAGCUUUAAUUAAUCUUGGUACAUUCCAGCAUCCCAAAUGCUAUCCAGCUUUCAAAAACCCUACAGAACCAUCUUAUCCUAGAUUAAUUGAUAAUGGGCACCCUGAUGGUAGUAAAGAUUUACAAAGUCAGAACAAAUUUGCCAUAAAAUAUGUUUCACCACCAAGCAGCGCCACCCCGAGUGAUUCAGAAAUGCUGAUAAACACAAGCAGACCAACGGAAGGAGAACAGGGAAGUGGUGCCUCUCAGGCCGGUGGUAGGAUGCAGAAGCUGACCAACUCUGCUGGUGCAGGCUCUACCUUUGAAGCUGCCUCUUGCAAGAAAGCAAAUAGUGUUACAAAAGGAAAAUGCGUGAAAUAUGGGGAAGACCGAUUCCAGGUCGAAAUAGGGUAUAAUGCUGAACUCAUUGCUGUGUUUAAGAAGAUCCCGAGCAAAAGCUAUGAUCCUGCUAUGAAAAAAUGGAAUUUCAGCCUGGAAGAUUACAGCAGUUUCAUGGAAGCAGCAAAUCAACUUUCAUCAGUAAUUCUGACACCACUGGAAGGAGAAAAUGCAGUUGGCUUGGCAUCAGGCUCUCAUUUUGUUGGCAGUAGGGUUGAUGUGAAAUCCCUCUUGAAGAUGUGUAAGAACUGGAAGAAACCCUCAGCCCUUGUCAAAGGGAAGUGUGUGCUGAUCUCUCGCUUGCGGUUUGAGGUUGAUAUUGGGUAUUCUACAGAAGUGAUUGGGGUAUUCAAACAGAUGGAUUCCAGAAAUUAUGAUGCGAACACCAGAAAGUGGAAUUUCCUGCUGGAGGACUAUCCCAAACUAAUGGAAGUGUUACAGAGCCUUGUGUCAGUAGAAGUGGAGCCACUGCCCGAGGCAAUAAUACAGACCUUUGCUGCUCAAAUACAGAGAUCUACGUCACAGACAGACAUUCCUGAUGCUGACCUUUCAGUAGUGGACUCCAAAAUUGUGACAAGCCUCAUGCCCUUUCAGCGGGAAGGUGUGAAUUUCGCAAUUUUGAGAAAUGGACGUUUACUUCUUGCGGAUGACAUGGGCUUGGGCAAGACCAUCCAGGCGAUCUGCAUUGCUGCGUAUUACCGAAAGGAAUGGCCCUUACUGGUGGUGACUCCUUCUUCAGUGAGAUUUACGUGGGCAGAGGCAUUUCACAGGUGGCUUCCAUCCUUGAGUCCAGGUAGCACCAAUGUCAUAGUGACUGGCAAAGACAACCUAACAGCAAGCUUGAUCAACAUCAUCAGCUUUGACCUUCUCAGCAAGAUGGACAAGCAACUUAAGAGCACUUUCCAAGUAGUUAUUAUUGAUGAAUCUCAUUUCCUAAAGAACAUAAAAACUGCACGAUGCCGAGCUGCCAUGCCUCUACUCAAGGCUGCCAAGAGAGUGAUCUUGCUUUCAGGAACCCCUGCCAUGUCACGGCCCGCAGAGCUCUACACACAAAUCGCAGCUGUCCAGCCAGCCUUCUUCCCGCAGUUCCACUCCUUUGGACUACGCUACUGUGAUGGCAGGAAGAUGCCGUGGGGUUGGGACUACUCUCGAUCAUCCAACUUAACUGAACUGAAAAUUUUGCUGGAGGAGUCCAUCAUGAUCCGCCGUCUGAAAUCAGAUGUGCUUUCCCAGCUUCCAGCAAAGCAACGCAAAAUGGUUUUGGUGGCUCCUGAAGGCAUUAGUGCAAAGAGCAAAGCUGUCUUGGCAGCUGAAGCAAAGAAGAUGGCCAAAGGAUAUGAAAGUAAACAACAGGAGAAAGAAGCUCUUCUCCUCUUCUACAACAGAACGGCAGAAGCUAAAAUCCAUUCAGUCAUAGAAUACAUCCUGGAGUUACUUGAAAGUGGGAACAAUAAAUUCCUGGUGUUUGCUCAUCACAAGAUAGUGCUGGAUGCAAUAGUUGCAGAGCUGGAGAAGAAACAUGUUGAAUACAUUCGUAUCGAUGGCUCCACACCUUCAGCUGAGCGGCAGUCUCUGUGCCAGAAGUUCCAGUUCUCAGAGAAGCAGGUUGUGGCCGUCCUGUCCCUCACUGCCGCUAAUAUGGGCCUGACAUUGUCUGCUGCGGACCUGGUGGUAUUUGCAGAGCUCUUCUGGAAUCCAGGGAUUUUGAUCCAAGCAGAAGAUCGGGCACAUCGAAUUGGACAGACCAGCUCUGUUAAUGUUCACUACCUAGUGGCUAAAGACACAGCAGAUGACUACUUAUGGCCAAUGAUUCAAGAGAAAAUCAAAGUGCUGGGGGAAGCUGGUCUUUCAGAAACCAAUUUCUCCAAAACAGCUGAAUCCACUAAUUACUGCCCUAAGCCAGAUCCAAAGCAGAAGACUAUCUACGACCUUUUCCAGAGGACAUUCUCCGAGAGCAGAGAUGACAUUGAUGAAGUUUUGCUUUUGGAGGCAGCUGAUGCUUGCAGCAAGUUUGACUCUGGCAAUGCCUUGCAAGAUAAAGGAGAGACAUGUUCAGUGAGUCCCCCCAAAAAACGGCGUAUUGAGGAGUUUUUUAAAGUGUAAUGGUGACAGCAAAAGAGACGGUGGCUAAGAGAUUUUUUUUAAUUAAAAAAGAGAAAACAAAAGCAAUCAAGUAUCAUUUUUUAAGUUUUCAAAAAUAAAAGACUAAGUUUUCUGUAUCUCUAGUGCGUUUCAUCUCAAAGGAUGAGAAGGCAAUGUGACAGUGUGACAGAUAGGCAGCACACACCUGGCAGCCUGCAUGUUUUGCAGUCCUGGUUUUGCU